UCAUUCAUUCCCAUCUCCUAAUCCUGCUUGGCCAGUUCUUGGCCAGUCAGUCCAAGUGCCCAAGGGCCCGCCGUGAAUCAGGGGCCUUCCUCAACUCAAGGGCCAGGUCCACCGGCCGCUCAUGGUGACGUGUUUUGUCCGCCUAGCACUCGCCCUCCGGAUUCGGGAUCGUCCCGCACGGCCCUCAAGCUCAUGACCACGGCGGGACCGCCUUCUGGUUUGGACGACUGGGCCCAACGAUGGGUCAGGCAUCUCGUGCGUCAAGCCGUAACCGAGUUGUCUCGACCCUUAGCCGCUGACCCCAUGACCUCGCCCUCACCCGUGCCGCCCGGGGUGGCGGCACAGGUGAAAAAGUCAGGCCGGACUUGGCGACGCCAUUUACCGGCCUGGUUGCCCACGCCCCGCCGGUUUCGUCUUUGGCCCCACUGGCCACGUCCUCGAUCGGAGGCUCAAUCGGGUUCGGUCGAGUCAUUGGGCGGUCCGGGCACGCGGGCCUUGCCGCCCGUGCCGGAUCCACCCCAUCUAUCCGGGUUAGCCCGCCAUACCCACUCUGAAGCGGGGUUGGCAGCGGCAGGCCGGUUGGGAUCGGCCUGGGACCUGCCCGCUACCGCCUCCGACACGCCUUAUAUACCUGAGGAAGAGGAUUUGCUGGCCGUGACCUCGACGGAGCCGUCCAGUGGCGUGGACUUUUCCCGCUCGAUUGAGAUGGUCAAGAGUUAUGGAUGGUAUUGGGGUCCGAUUUCGGGUGGAGCGGCGGAGCGGUUGCUGAAAAACGAGCCCGUGGGCUCGUUUCUGGUGCGGGAUAGCAGCGACGAUCAUUACCUCUUUAGUUUGUCCUUCAAGCUCAACAACGAAGUGCGGCACGUCCGAAUUGAGCACGAUCAUGGUAACUUCAGUUUCGGUACCUUCACCACCUUCAAAAGCAACACCAUUGUCAACUUUAUCGAGAAUGCGGUCGAGCAUUCUCGUUCGGGUCGUUACCUCUUCUUCCUUCACCGCCGACCGAUCCUCGGUCCCAUGCGCGUCCAAUUGUUGAACCCGGUGUCCAGAUUCAAGCGCGUCCAAAGUCUCCAGCAUCAAUGCAGAUUUGUCAUCCUCCAGCUCGUGCCCAGAGACCUUCUGAGCACGUUGCCGCUCCCAAAUAGUCUCACGGAUUUUUUAAAUACGCCGUUUUAUUAUUCAGAAUUGAUUGCCAACGAAGCCAAGCUUCAGCCACUAAGUCGAAACACAAAUGCUGUUGUUGUUGAUAAUAACGAUCAAUUAUAAUGUUGAUUAUGAUCAGAAGAUGUACUACUAAUAAGAAUAAGAAUAAUGAUAACAUUCGCUUCCAAUCAUA